GCUACGCUUCCGCAUGCCCACAACUUCCUAACCCGUACGUCUUUGGAAUGUGGGAGGAAACCGGAGCACCGGGAGGAAACCCACACAGACACGGGGAGAAGGUCCAAACUCCUUGGAGACAACAGCCGGAAUUGAACUCGGGUCGCUGGCGCUGUAAAGCGUUGUGGUAUCUCCUCUGGCGGGAUAGGAAGUUGCUGUAGGAAAAGGACUCACCAUGAAGGGCUACCUCUUCCUCACCGCAUUUGGAACCAUCUUCCUCGUCGCCGUCCUCGAAACAGCUGCCGGCAAGCGUUUCCGAGAUGUAUUCACUCAUUAUCAUCCUGGUAAAUUAUCAUCCUCGCUGCAUUCUAGUCAUCUCGCUGGAUGGCUCUCUGACAAAAAUGUCUGGAACGAGCAACUCUACCCUCACUGGAAGAAGAAUGACGUCCAGUGGAAAAGCUGCUGGAAAGGAGGAAAGGUUGUGGCUCACUUGGGGAAUGACGGACCUACUCUGGUGAGAGCGAAUAUAACGUUCAGUCUGGUGCUAAAGUUACCAAGGUGUCAAAAGGAGGAUGACAGUGGUGACAUCAUUUAUGAUUUAAACUGCAAAAAUGUAUCUUCAUUCUUUCCGGGCCAAUAUGUGUAUAACUGGACUUCCUGGAUUGACGACUAUGGUUGGUUCAACUGCACCAAAUUUUCUAAAUGUAGUGUCUUCCCAGAUGGUCAAAUGUUUCCCAGACAAUUGGACUGGAGACGCAGAAAUUUUGUUUAUAUUUGGCACACGCAAGGCCAAUACUAUCAAAGAACCGGGGGCACCAGUAUGACCCUUUCAAUCAAUACAACCAACAUCACUCUUGGUGACCAUAUGAUGGAAGUAUUUGUCUAUCGAAGAGAUCAUCAUAGAAGAAAAUACAUCCCUGUUGCAAUGGCAAGUGACCCAUACACUGUUACAGAUCACAUUCCAAUUUAUGUGCAGAUUUCGCAAAAAUACAAUCACAAUACCACUGAUAACGUUUACAUAAAGGAUUUAAAUGUCAUCUUUGAUGUUAAAAUCAAUGAUCCCAGCAAUUAUUUGAAAAAUGCUGCCAUAUCCUAUAGUUGGAAGUUUGGCGAUGGGUAUGAAUCUUUAUCAAAAAGCUUAACAGUUAUCCACAACUAUACCAAGACAGGGCAGUUCAAUCCCAAGCUGACUGUUAAAGCAAUCAUCCCUGUUUCUUGUGAUUCUAUACCAACUACACUGAGCCCUACAACUGAACCAACUGCCAAAACUGAAUGGACGCCCACAACUGAACCAACAACUACAAUUAAGCCACCCACUUCAACCAAACAAAUCAUUACAACUGAACCAACUGCUACAACUGAACCAACCACUACAACCAAACCAACCAUCAUGACUGAACCAACUACUACAACAAAACUGACUACCAUGACCAAACUGUUCACUAGCCCUGAACCAACCACGACAAUAAAAUUGAACACAACAGCUGACCCACUUACAACACCUGAAAUAAUCACUGCAACUGAAUCGAGCGUCACUGCCGAAUGGAACUCUACUACUACUUUGAGCCUUGCUACCAGUCCAGACCCCACAAAUGGUUCCUCAACAACCAAUGGUACAAACAGUCCGCUGCAGCUGGUGAAAAGAGAGGCUUCUUCUAUCAGCUGCAACCUCUACAGAUAUGGCUACUUUGAAACAAACAUCACAGUUGUGGAUAGACUUGUUGCAAUCAGGAUUGCGAGGAUGAGCAACGUUCAAAUCUCCACAGGCUUUCUACAGAACUCCACGGUGGAUUUUGUUGUCACUUGUGAGGGCAGUAUACCUACUGAUGUGUGCACUGUGAUCGCGGAUCGCUCCUGCAUGGUGCCACAGAGCAUAAUCUGUGAUCCUGUGAAGACUGCUGACACAUGCAAUCUGACCCUUCGUAGAAGCUUCAAUGCAUCUGGUGUCUAUUGUGUGAAUAUCACGUUGAAGGAUAGUACCAGUUUAGCUGUUGCUAGUACCCUUGUAUUAAUUGGAGAUUCCAUCAGGACCUCUACAGGUGUGCAAGGUGUCUUAAUAUUUGCCACUUGCCUAGUGGUUCUUAUCAUUGGUGUUGCCUGUUUCCUUUACAAGCGUUACAAAGAAUACACGCCGAUUGUUAGACAAGCAAAGGACAGAAAUAAACAUCUGGUGGUGAACAGUGGUAAUGCCAGUGUGUACUUCAGUAAACUGAAUACUACACUCCUCUUUGGGGAUGAUGAGAAGAGCCCACUAUUGAAAAAUACUACACUCAUUUAAUCAGCAGCUCAUCUAAGCAGAUGUAUGCUUUGGGAAUAGUCUGCGUUUUGUUUGGUUAUUCAUAGCGCUUAAGCAAAUUUUGAAUAUAUUAAUAUUGUAAUGCAUUACUAUCGCUUCCUUACGAGUAGAUAACAACAUAACAUGCUUGAAAUCCAACUGUCCCCCCUCCUUCCGCUACCUGAAGAUUGAAAACUAUCUGCAUUUAGAAAUAUUAUCAAUGUUCAACUCUUAAUUUUGACAGUAAUUUUUCUCUUACUUUUUCUCAAAGGAAUAGUAACAUUCGUUCCAUUCUGCUAAUUACAUUUUACUCCAUGUAUCAUAGUGGUGGCAAAAUGACAGUUCCAUUUUAUUACUAAUAGUUAUUAGAAAUAGAUUGCAAUGACCAGAUUUCCAAUGAGACCACUGUGUUUCUUGUGAUCAGAAUCUCUACAGCUGAUAGGGUGGAUAGGGUAGUUAAGAAAGCUUAUGGGAUGUUAGCUUUCAUAAGUCGGGGGAUCGAGUUUAAGAGCCGUGAAGUGAUGAUGCAGCUUUACAAAACUCUGGUUAGGCCACACUUGGAGUACUGUGUCCAGUUCUGGUCGCCUCAUUAUAGGAAGGAUGUGGAGGCGUUGGAAAGGGUGCAGAGGAGAUUUACCAGGAUGCUGCCUGGUUUGGAGUGUAUGGAUUAUGAGGAUAGACUAAAGGAGCUAGGGCUGUUCUCAUUGGAGAGGAGGAGGAUGAGGGGAGACAUGAUAGAGGUAUACAAGGUAUUGAGAAGAAUAGAUAGAGUGGACAGCCAGUGCCUCUUUCCCAGGGCACCAAUGCUCAAAACAAGAGGACAUGGCUUUAAGGUAUUGGGUGGGAAGUUCAAGGGUGAUGUCAGAGGGAGGUUUUUCACCCAGAGAGUGGUUGGUGCAUGGAAUGCACUGCCUGGGGUGGUGGUGGAGGCUGAUACAUUGGACAAGUUCAAGAGAUUGUUAGAUAAGCAUAUGGAGGAACUUAAGUUAGAGGGAUAUGUGGGAGGAAGGGGUUAGAUAGUCAUAGGUGUGGUUUGAAGGGCGGCACAACAUGGUGGGCUGAAGGGCCUGUAUUGUGCCGUAUUGUUCUAUGGUUCUAUGGAAGUGUUUUCAGAAGUCCUUCUUUAGUAUCAACGAAUGGAUUUCUGUCUAUCUACUCGUAUAUAAGGCACCUUCACAAUGAGAUUGCUGGUAAACUAACAAGCCUUGCAUCUUUCAAGCUGCUGUCCAAAUGGCAAAUACACCAAUGUAAUAAUAAAUAGUUAAAAAAUC